UUAACCAGUUCAGUUUGCAUGGAACUAGUUUGUAAGCGCGAUGCUUUUCUUAAUUUUGUAAAUAUUUAGAUGUUUUUCAGCAUUUACAUUUUAAACCCGUGCUUAUUGUGUAUAAAAUAAUGUAUUCUGAUUAAAAGUUCAACGUGCACUUAUGGUGCUUACUGCAAUAAGCGUGAUUCAAUGCAAAUGCUUAUAUUUGUUGAUUUAAUAAACAUUCGCAAAGUGCACCAUACAUGGGCUCAGUCGGUUGGCGAGGUCUCAUCUGAAAAGUCGUAUAACUAUGGAGCGGGAAAUUUACAGUGCGGAAUACUUCGAGAGAGCUUUGGCGAGAGCUUAUGGUUGUGAAAUGCUUCGCGUUGAGAACUUUCACAUCAAGGCGGUGAGCCAGAAGGGCGAGAACUUUUGCAGCGUCAUCUACCGGGUGGCGUUGGUCUUUCGCAGGUCACCCGAUGGCGCUCUCGAAUCAGGAAAAUAUAUUCUCAAGGAUCUGCUGCCCGCCGCCGCUGCACUGGGCACCAACGAAAAGGAUAUGUUCGAGGUACUCCUGCCUGCCAUGCAAGCCAUUCUUGAAGAAGCUCCAAAGGAGAUUGGCGAACACAAGCUGAGCGCAGAUUGCUUGCUAGUCGAGAUAUCUGCUGGAAAAGAGCUCUACAUUCUGGAGGAUCUGGGCGCCCUAGGAUACGAAUCCUUUGAUCGUCGUCAAGGCUUAAAUCUGGAAGAAGCCAAAAUUUGCGUAAGGAAACUGGCUCAGUUCCACGGUGCAUCCAAGGUUUUGUACGAGAAGAAACCCGAAUUGAUUCAAAGGCUUUCGCCUUCUCACUAUGCCAAUGGAUUGAACGAUCGCUUCGCCCAGGCUCUCGUCUUGGAGGGCGCCGAAUAUGCCGCAGAAGCGUUUGCCGAAGAACUUCCGGAAAUAUCAAAGAAAAUGAAGGCUCAAAUACCGAAAGCAUAUACGAAAAGAAUGCGAGAUGUCGUUGAUCCAAACAAGUCAUCAUUGAAUGCAGUUAUUCAUGGUGAUCCCUGGUUAAAUAACAUUAUGUUUGAUUUCGUUAAUAAGAAGGCAACACUUGUGGAUUUCCAAAACUGUUACUGGGGUAGCCCGGCCAUAGAUCUCUACUUUCUAUUUUACACCAGCCUCAAGCCUGAAUUAUUGCUAAAUAAUCAAGAUGAGCUUCUGAAUUACUAUUUCGACAAUCUUCUGGAAACCCUGCGGCAUUGCGGCUAUAAAGACACACUGCCCACUUUUGGCCAGUUAAAGGAUGAGAUGAAACGGUGUUUGUUUUAUGGAUAUUACACUGUAGUCUGUGAACUUCCCAUAUGUUGUGCUUCCCCUGAGGCAAGUGUUGAUUUCGGGGUUCACACCUUCGUAGAUACGGAUGCUAUGUUAAAAAAGCGACACCAAUUAUUCGCCAGCGAACGAGUGCGUCAAACCAUAAAGGCCACUCUGCUUAUGUUCGAUCGUGAGGGUAUAUUAGAGACGCCCUAAAGAAGGACCUUUUUGUUGUUUUAUAAAGUGCUUAGUUUGUCUUGUCAGUAUUUUCUAUGGAAGUCGGUUGUACGUACAAGUUCCUCCGAUUUUUUAAUAUCAACAGUGAAAGUGAUCAAUAUUAACUUACAAAUACUAAUAGCUAAAAAAAUGGAUGUCUUACUUUAUUCAGUUAAGAAGUGUACAGUUGUUUGUAAAAGAUUUUUGAAUAUAACUUAUUUUUUCCUUCAUUUGCACUUCUAUAUUAUUGAUUCAUUAACCUCCGUCCCACUCCAUUUACAACCAAAUUUUUGUUAAAGGGAAGAAACCCAACUCGAGUAUUGCUCUUUAUAAAUAAAUUUGUUGUCUGCCAAAGUUUCUGGCCAAGAUUUACGAGUGUGAGUGUGUGAUGCAUGUGCCUCGGCUGGCUGCACUAAGAGCGAUAAAGUUCUCCACCUCCUUGAAGCUAAAUAUGCAAAUCGCUUGCAGUUAUUCUUAGAAAGUUGUCAGCUGCCAAGUGUAAGCCAACUCGGCUCCAACUGAAGCCAAGCGAAGCGCAUCGGGGAGCAUAUAGGACCAAAAUCGAGGAGGAAUAUCGUGGUGGAGCGUGGUGGCCAAAGUGCAUUUGACGCCAAUGUUACUUCGAACACACAUGUCCUUCUUUCAAGUGUUUAAAAAGCAAUUUAUUGCUAUUGUUCGAAAGCAGUCAACUAAAGCCUUUAUAAGCUAGACUUUGAAAAGGGAAACCUUUGGAGGAAUUUAUUUAUCGGAGCAAAGUAUUACAAGCACAUACCUUUGUAAAUUCUAUAUAAUUGCUUGAUAAUAGUUUUAUUUUAAAAAGUGUUAAGCACAAUUUUUAUACCUAUAAUGCAAUGCAUUAUCCUUUGAAUUACACAAAUCGUUUCAACUGUCGGUCAAUUACCAUUUCCCCCCACUUUUUACCACUUUCGAGUCCCCAUGGCUAAAAUGUAAAGCUUAAUUAACAUGGAAAACAAACACGAAGGCCCAAUAGCAAACAGAAAUCUGUCUAAGGCUGCCAACCAGUCGAAAGAAACUCAUAAAUCAAUUUUGAAAUGCAUUAGAGACAGGUAACUUGCCGCCGCAUCUCCCCAUUCCCCGAUUUAGUCAAGGAAAUGGCUUCGAGCAAGUGACUGCAGAAUUUCAGCAACUCGAAGGGGUCAACUUUCUGGAGCUGGUCAGUGGCCAAAAGUUACAGCAGAGUCAACCCCCAAGAACGAAAUCCCAGCCCCCUUCGUCACCUAUCAAUUAAUGUGUGUUUCUCCAGUGUCAUGGUAGAAGUAGAAAGAAGCUUCCUUUGCUUUCAUCUGGGGUUGCAUUUACUUAACGCCUCGCCUCAGCACUUAACUUCCGUUUCCUGUUACCCUGUGCAGGGGAAGGGGUUUUGAUACGGAGUCUGCGACUUUCGGGCAAGGCAUUUGCAACUAAUUGAAAGUGCAAUGCGAUGCUGCAGAAUGCAAUUAAUGCCUUGAGGCCCUGGGAGGCCAAUCCACCCAACCACGGACGUCUGCAGACGAGAAGUUGCAUUCGAAACCGAAAUGCACAGAAAAAACGAUGUGCAAAUUAAGAUUCUAUGGGGGUGCUCAAAAAUAACACAGGAAGUUCGAGGAAGUGAGUGCGGUAUUGAUUUUUGAACGAAUCUUGUGUAUAAUAACUAGAGCCUUAGAAACCCUAACUUAAACAAAACUUUACGGUUCUUUAAUCUUCGAACCCUUGACACCCUCUACACAUCUCCUUUUAUUGUAGUCCCGCACCAUUUCCUAUCUGAAUAACUCAAGAAACUUUUAUCAAUUAGCUGCCAAAUACUCAGCGUAAGGCUCAUGUUUGCGAAAUUACGAUUUAAGUCCGAUUCCUGUGGGGCAAACAAUUAAAAGCAAUAAAUUUGCACAGGCAACCAUAAAUCAAAGUCCGAUCAUAAUCUCAGCCCAAGCAAACAGAGAGAAAAACCCAAAAACGAAGCUCUCGCUUCCGCCCGAAUUUUCCCCGCCUUUUCCAAAAAGUUCCAAUCCAAGGAAGUUCACCGCAAUCCGGGGAAAUAGUCGCUUCGCUUCGUUUAUUAAUUGUACAACUGUCUCCAAUCAUAAUUAAUGAACUUUGGCACAUCCUCCGCCGCAAACUCCACAUAUCCCUUAUUUCAUGGGGAGUGGAAAACCAACACUGAAGUAUAAACACAAAUGUUUUCCUUGGCACACCAUAAAUCUUCUAUUUGGCAAAUCUCUGUUGGACCUUUCCGUUCACAAUUCGUGUUGCUCGCUCAACUAUUACUUUUUUUGUUUUACUCGGCAGUUGGCAGUAUCAAUUAGACACAUUAAAGGAUCUGCUGGAUUAGGCUUUUAUUGACACAGAAAAUAUUUUGUUUGAACUUAAACAAAUGAGAAUCUGUAUAAUCGAAUUUUUAAAAGUAGCUUAUGUGCAAUACAUGUUUUUAUAAUUUAAAUAAAUACAUUUCUUGCUCUCCCAAAUGGCGAAGAGUGCUCCACCUGCAUAUUGAGAUUACAUGACUUGGUAGUUUAAGUCCUAGAAUUGUACAUAUGCAAAUCCCUUAUAAUUAACAGCUGGAAUCUUUUGAAGACCACAUACCCUAUUUGCGACCAAAAAACCUAAAAGCAAACAUUUAAAUUGCUAUAAUUUUUCAUUUAGCUGGGGCUUUUCUUCCAACGAUGUCUGCGAGAUUGCGAUUAGUCAGUUAGUCAUUUCGGAGCCAAAUUUAAAUAAUUUCAAAGUGAUGACAAAAGCUUUUCCAGCUAUCCGAGUAAUUAUGUGCCCACAUGGCAUGCAGAGAAGGUUAUGUGGAGACUCUACGCAUUAACACUUUCACGGCAAAACUGUCUAAAGAUAAAUGAAAGCAUCAUUAGUCAUUGGCCAACCCCACAAACCCUGUAAUCACAUGUGUCCUCCACAAUUUUUCACAUUCCAUGCCAGAAGGGGUGGGAUUAUGUGUGAUUAAAUCCUUCAGAUACCCAAGUAUUCAUAUGUAAAUUCUUUGUGGCAGGAUGUGACAGGUCCUGUUUCUAGUCUUGCAACUAAGUACUUUGAGUCUUUUUGGUCCAUUGUGUGUGGCAAAUUAUUUAUUGGCCAUCAUUACUUUGAUUGCCUGAGGCUUUUCGAAAUUUUGAAGCAACACUUUUGAAAUGGAAUUUCUGCUCGGAAUUGAAAAUUCCGUCGGCCUUGCAUGUGUAUAAUUUUAAACCAUUUUCGGCAAACCGUAUAACCAGAAUUGCUUAGCUAAUUCAUAAAAAUAUGUUACAAUUAAGUUAAAUAGGUGCCACUGUAUUUGACACGUAAAAGUCUUCCGUUUCAUUAUACGAUAUGAUAUGACUGUAAAAAGCUAUUUGUCAAAACUCUUCUUUACGACGUUUUUGGUGUAUAAAUAAAGAAAUCCUGCGCUAUUUU